UGCCGCGCCUUUCUUGCAUAACAUUUUUCCUUUUUGGGGGUGGGGAGGUUUUUCAUGUUCUUCCAUGUCUUCCAUGGCGUCCUGCAAAACCCUAGUUAAGAAGACGUUCUAGUUUCUGUAAAACCCCUACACUCGUGCCGGCUGAAAAGAUGCCGGGGAGGGCGUCGGAUUCAAGCACGGCGUUGAUUUCGUUCGUACCCGAGGUGAAGGAUCCAGUGGUGUACCAUCUGCACCACGGCCUGAAAAGCCCUCCCUCCUCGAUUUCCGUCUCCUGGUCCCGGGGGAACGUCCUCCGGGUUGCCUUCUUUCGGCACCACGCAACCCCUCGGUCUGGCAGCGAUGCGGAGAGAACGGUGGAUGAAGGCAGCAGCGGGAAGGUCGUGGAGCUCCGGUUCUGUUCGGGCGACUGGGAAUUCGACGAGGCUCGGCGGAGGAGGGUCGCCUACGGCUCGGUGCACGCGUUUGCGUUGCUGCAGAGCCAGAGGAGUGUCCUUUCGACUUCGAUGAUGGCGCCCCAUCGCGCGGACUGGUGGAAGCAUGUGAUGGAGUUCAGCAAGUGCAUCAGUGAGCUGCUUGGGGGUGCAAGGCAUUCAUCUCUUUCGAUCAUUGAAAACCCAAGAAUGCUUGUGAAGUCAUCUGAUGAACCUACGUAUUCCAAGGCCGCAUGGCAAUUGUUGGAGAUGUUCUAUGUUGAUAACCAUUCCUUCAACUGGCUUCCUGAACGAUUUGUUGAUUGGUUAGCAGACUAUGAUCGGCUCAUAUCAAAGACAGAGAUGACCAUCCAUUCCAGGCUUGUAGCUUUGCAGAACAAACUUGUCAAUUUACAGUUUGUUGAGGAUGAUCCUGAAUACUGGGAAGGGAUUGCUUCUGCACUAACAGUUGGAUGGCUGGAGAUGGUGGUGAAGCUGUUGAGGUUGCAUGGAUCCUAUCAGUUGGAUCAGCUUGAUAAUCGUGAGACUGAAAACGGACUCGUUGAGGCAGUUGCGGUUCUUGUUUCAACAAUGCCACGCUUGCGCCCUGAUGCACUGUCUGGAGGCUUUGGACAAUGCCUUAGUACUAAACCCGAUUUUAUUAAGGCAUGGGAAAAGUGGCGGGGACAAGUAGCUAAGCUGGAUUGCAGUGGCUUUUGGCUUAGGUGUGAACAUCGUCAAACAACAGAUGGGUUAAAAAGAUUAUUACAAAUUUUGCUGGGUAAUGUUGAAAGUCUUGCUGCCGCAGCAUGCCACUGGAUGGAGUUGUUUAUAGCGCACAUUCUUUACAUCAGGCCACUUACAAUGGGCUUAGAGGCGAUGUACAGUUUAACCCAGAAGUGCAUUCAGUUGAAACCCACAUCCCAUGAUAACAACUUGAUGAGGCUUAUUCUUGGAAUUCUUGGUGACAAUACGGAGGUUGUUCUAGCAGAAUGCUUAAGAUCCUUUGGCCCCUGGAUGGUUGCUCAUGCCAUGGAAUUGUUGACAGCAAAGAAUCAUCAAAUUGAACUUCUUUUGCAUGAGGAACGAUAUAAUUUAGGUGGAAUUAGCAUAGAGGAGCUGCAUCGACUUGUUUAUGCUCAAGUCCUGGCUUCUCAUGCUUUGACUUGGCAAAUUGCUCCAAUUUAUUUGGCAUCUUGUCCCAAGCAAGGUUUAGGGCUGCUCGAAAUUUUACUAUACAGACAACCUGUGCAGCAUAACCAACUAUUUCUGAAGACCCUUGAGAUAUGCAACCUAUAUGAACUUGGCAAUAUUGGUGCAAGCAUCAUGACGAUUGCAGGAAUCCAUCACUGGAAGCAUGGCAGGAAGGGGUUAGGUGUUUUUUGGCUGCAACAGGCUCAUGAUGAAGUUCGUCUGGGGAAAAUUGCACAGCAGUUGUUUGAAUCUGUGGGGAAGUCAUUAUCAGAUGAUAGUUUUAGGCAAUGGGAAGGGUUGGUUGAACUUCUUGAACAUGAAAACAGGAGUGCCGGAGGUCUUGAAUUUCUGCACAUGUAUAGAGAGUUCAAAAGAUCGCUUCAAAAACUUCAGAAUGAACUCCAUGCUGGAAUUCAGGAUGAAAUAUUGUUGGAUGCUGCACGACAAGCAUUGGAGCUUCUUAUACUGCUCCUGAAAAAUCCAUCAACACCACAGCGUUUUUGGUUGCCCCUCCUUCAUGAUUCGUUGAUUUUACUACGCUGGCGAGACCAUUCCCUGCUUUCUGUCUCUCAAGCCAACCUGUUGCUAAGAAAACUUCAAGAGUUGUCAUUGGCAAAAUUGCAUCCGGGUUUUUCUGAAGCUGAUUUGCCCCCAGAGGCCUUGAGUAAUGUCAGAUUGGCAUUGGCUACAAGUCUCGGCCGAGCAAUGCUUCGGGGCUGAUGAUUGUGCUUCAGUGACGAUAUUCACUUGAGACAUCAGUAACAUGUUGGCCUGCGACAGCCCAAGAGCUAAACCAGCUGCACUGAAUUCUGAUGGUUUAAUUGCAUUACAACGUCGCACCUGCUUGUUCUGUUAAUGAUAUCCAAUGCAUCUGAGCUCUACGGCAAAAUAUCAAUGUAUUAUAGUCAGUAAGCUCCUAGGCUGUAGAUUUGGCUUCCCCGCCCCACCCUGCCCCCCCACCCCUCCAACAAUAUGGUGGGUUCUUGGAGCUUUGAUCUUAAGGGUUGGUUGGUAGACUACCUUUUUCCAGGCUCUGUGCUCCCCUGCCGCAAACGCUAAAUCAAGAAAAUGUGGCAGAGUUGCAGCCUAGCCUUCUGUAUGGAUAAUCAUCUGAAGUGAAUCAUAACAGUUUGUUGCUAUGUAUAGAUUCUAAAUUGAUAAUAUGCCUUCAGAUGUGGGCAACAAUUUGGUGCCUUUGGAUUUGGUUUGGGUGCAGAUAUUCAUUUUCAGGUGCCAGAUUUGAUCUCAUCUAUAACGAUUUUUUGCUUGGAAAAUGCCUGUUCUAGCUCUUAUUUUCCUGACACUGUUUGGAUCUGAACUUACGAGUAUUAUCUCAAUUCAGAGUCUGAAGUUCCUGUUUAAAAUGUCAA